AUGUUGGGCCAAGCGCUGCGCGGCGCGUUCAAUCGCUACUCGACCCUGUUGGAGACCCGCCCCGUGGCCACACGAAGCGUAACUGCGUUUUGCGUGGUUAGCUCCGGCGACCUGGUGGCCCAGUGCAUCACCCACCGCCCUCGAAACUACCGACAUGCGGCGGGCAUGGGCAUGUAUGGAGCGUGCUUGAUUGCGCCCAUCGGCUACGGAUUCUUCAACCUACUCCGCCGGAUCGUCCCACCCUCUUCUUCCCCACUCAAGCGCGCCCUGAAGAAGCUGGCGCUGGACCUCACGAUCUGGCAGCCAUCGUUUUCCUACGCCUUUUGGCUGUAUAACGGCCUUGUGUUGGGCGAUGGCGGUGUAACCAACAUGGAGCAGGCCAUAAGGCGCGCCAACGCACUGUUCCUCCCAACCCUAAUCAACGCCUACUGUUUCUGGCCAUUUGCCAACUUCAUUACAUUCUACUGCAUUCCUUUCAAGUUUCGACUGCUGUGGCGCAAGAGUGUGUCCUUCUCAUGGAACACUUUCCUGUGUUGGUACAACAGCAAAUAUGGCCACUCUCCUCUCUUCCUCUACCCACCACCUUCCUUCUUUUUCUCCACUUCUUCCUUUUCUUCCCUCCCUACCCCUUUAUCACCACUUUCUUCUUCAAGCUCACCUGCCACUCCCUCAUCCCCUCCAGUACCACCAGCACAAUCUCCCACAAUAAAAUAA